GCAAAUACAAGCGAAACAGAAGGCCCACGAAAGUUCCUCCUCUUCUCGUUGACCCCUCUCUGGCCUCUCUCUCAAACUGCCUCAUCCAUCCCCACCGAAGCGAUCGCCGAGUGUUUGAUGAGUGCCUGAGAGAGCGGCGUCAAUGGGUUCAUCGCCGCAAGCAUAAAGCUACCCGCCUCGCGGUGUUCGUUCCCCGGCGCUUCGACGCUGAAAGAAUGCCUGUCCGGGAGCUUCAUCUUGUUUGGACUUUUGAACGGCUAGUUUGAAGAAUUCAUCGCACUGAGAUGGAAAGAAUCAGGACCGGGAUGAUAUUUUUGCGUGUAAAAUUUCCUGCGUUUUGGGGAUCUUAUGCUGUUCUCUAUGGUUGACAAGAGUUUGCUCUUCUCAUUUGUCAGCACUGAAGAUUGAUCCAUCGACUCAUCUUGACACUAAUGGACGGGGAACACUCGGCUUUGAAGAAAAUGAGAUUGGAGGACGCAGAGGAUUCUGCGAUCAGUCAAGUGCCUGCCACGGCGUCGAGCAUGCAUCAGCAAUUGUUCUGGAGCCAGUGGCAGCUACUGGACUCCAUUCUCCCCACGGGUGGUUUCGCACACUCCUACGGCCUGGAAGCUGCUAUGCAAUCGCGCAUAGUGAACAACCAGGAAGACCUGAGGCUGUUCCUCAUCCAGGUGGUGGACAACAUUGGAAGCCUGCUGCUUCCAUUCGUGUUCUGCGCCAGUAGGUCUCCUGACGCUGCGGCAUGGGUCAAGCUAGAUCAGCUGCUGGACGCUACGUUGACGAAUGAGGUCGGCAGGAAGGCGUCCACGUCGCAAGGCUCGGCUCUGUUGAGGGUGGCCGCGUCUGUCUUCACUGAGAUCCAGCCGCUGCAGGAUCUCCGAAGGACAUUUCUCGGUUCCACAAGCGUGUCGUUUCACCAUGCCCCGAUAUUUGGGUUGAUAUGUGGGCUGGUUGGAUUUGACAGCGAGACAACGCAGCGCGCUUACAUGUUUGUGGCAAUGAGGGAUGUGAUCUCCGCCGCGACGAGGCUCAAUCUGAUAGGACCGCUUGCUGCUUCGGUUCUGCAGCACCAGGUUGCGCCUGAUGCCGAGAAGAUGCUGCAAAAGUGGAGGGACCGUGAUGUCUCUGAAGCAUCACAGACUGCGCCGCUGCUUGACGCGUUGCAAGGCUGCCAUGCUUACAUGUUCUCUAGGCUGUUUUGCUCCUAACAGUGAGGUUGCUGAAUGCAAUUUGGUGUAGCUCUGCUCACGGUUUUACCUCAGAGAAGUACAGGACCACUGGCUUCACUAAACAACAAUGGCAUCAGAAGAUUACAAGCAUCCUGAGGAUAGAUGCCCAGUAUGAUUCUUUGUUUUACUUGCAAGAAAGAUUGUACAAAAAUGCCAAUAGUACAUUAUGUUCAUGUGUGAGCCCUCUCUGCCAUCUAUCACACUCGUCAUACAUAUGAUACAUCUGUCUUCAGCUUCACCAAUUAUAAUAUUGAUCUACUUAUGCA